CAUUUUGACUGUGCACAGACCGAUUCAGACGUCGAAGAACCACGGAGUGAAGCGGACUAUAGCUUGUGGAUCUUAUUGUGAUUUGGCGACGGUCGAGACAAUUUGUGUUGUUGUCCUCAAAGGACCAGAGGGAAAAAGUGGCACUUUUUCGGCGGGAACAGAGACUCGCGAAGCCCCAGUGAAGCAUAUUGAGUGUGAUCAUGUCAAAGUCCCAAUCGGAGCACAUAAAGCGCCCCAUGAAUGCCUUCAUGGUGUGGUCUCGCGGUCAGCGGCGAAAGAUGGCACAGGACAAUCCCAAGAUGCACAACUCAGAGAUCUCCAAGCGACUCGGAGCAGAAUGGAAACUCCUGUCGGAAGCCCAGAAGCGACCCUUCAUCGACGAAGCCAAGAGAUUGAGAGCACUGCACAUGAAGGAGCAUCCGGACUACAAAUACCGACCGCGGCGGAAACCCAAGACGCUGGUGAAAUCGCCCAUUCCACAGGGGAAUCACCACUCGCCCGUCUCCAAUCAGCACCAGGGCAAGGAAACUUCCCUACCAGCCAAGUAUCCCUUCGUGCCCAGCCUGGAUCUCACACUCAGCCUGCCACCGCGGCCGCCGGGCUUCCCGCUACCGCACUACUCCACCCUCGAUCCGGCUUUCGCGCUGGACCUGCAGGCGCGGCUGCAGGCGAUGUGCGCCAACGGCGGCCUCUAUCAUCCUUGGCGCUACUUUGGCUGUCCCACCGUCCUGCCCGCCGCCGACUCGCCACCCUCACCGCCCACGCCCGUGUCCUACGUCUGCGUGAAGUCCCCGAAAUCCUCGCCGCCGCCCGCCACGGCGCCGCCCGGCGCUCCGCCGCCGUCGACAGUCAUUUGA